UAAGUGUAGGCAGUCGGGAGUUUUCUGCUGGGGUCAGGAGGACUGUGAACAGACGAGAGGACCCUGCCCCAGACACCCGUGUAUGAGUGGAGUGUAGCAGAAAGAGCAACACCCAACUUUUUUCCUCUCUUGCCUCAAAGAGUCUACAUGUCUAGUAGCAUCUAGACAUGUUCAGCUUUGUGGAUUUGCGGCUGGCGCUGCUGCUGAGCGCAGCAGUGCUCCUGGUCAGAGCGCAGGGCGAGGACGACAAGCAAGGCACGCCCUGCACCAUGGACGGCCAGGAAUUUCAGGACCGGGAUGUUUGGAAACCAGAGCCAUGUCAGAUCUGUGUGUGCGACAGUGGCACAGUGAUGUGCGAUGAGGUCAUCUGCGAGGACACAUCCGACUGCCCAAACCCUGUUGUCCCUCACGACGAGUGCUGCCCCAUAUGCCCCGAUGAUGGCUUGCAGCCACAGGGACCCAAGGGAGAGCGUGGACCUAAAGGAGACCAGGGCCCCCCUGGUCCCGCUGGUAAUGAUGGUAUUCCCGGCCAGCCUGGACUCCCCGGACCUCCUGGCCCCCCUGGCCCCCCUGGCCUCGGUGGAAACUUCUCUCCACAAAUGUCUGGUGGCUACGACGAUAAAUCUCCUUCCAUAUCCGUCCCUGGACCCAUGGGCCCAAUGGGACCCCGCGGACCUCCUGGACCUCCUGGUGCUAGCGGACCUCAAGGAUUCACUGGCCCCCCUGGUGAGUCUGGUGAACCUGGACCUUCUGGUUCCAUGGGUCCUCGCGGCCCUGCUGGACCUCCUGGAAAGAACGGCGAGGAUGGUGAGUCCGGCAAACCUGGUCGCGAUGGUGAGCGUGGACCUCCUGGCCCACAGGGAGCUCGUGGUUUCCCAGGAACCCCUGGACUGCCCGGCAUCAAGGGACACAGAGGAUUCAGUGGUCUAGAUGGUGCUAAGGGAGAUGCUGGACCCGCUGGACCCAAGGGUGAGGCUGGAGCCCCUGGUGAGAAUGGAAUCCCUGGCGCUAUGGGACCUCGUGGUUUGCCUGGUGAGAGAGGCCGUACUGGUGCUUCUGGAGCUGCUGGAGCUCGUGGUAACGAUGGUGCUGCUGGUGCUGCUGGACCUGCUGGUCCCACUGGCCCCGCUGGACCUCCUGGAUUCCCUGGUGGCCCUGGAUCCAAGGGUGAUGCUGGUCCUCAGGGUGCUCGUGGUCCCGAGGGCCCUGCUGGUGCACGUGGUGAGCCUGGUAACCCCGGACCUGCUGGCGCUGCUGGACCUUCUGGUAACCCUGGAGCUGAUGGAGCCGCUGGAUCUAAAGGCGUCCCUGGUGCUGCUGGUGCUGCUGGAGCUCCUGGUUUCCCAGGACCACGUGGACCUCCUGGACCCCAAGGUGCUGCCGGUGCCCCCGGAGCCAAGGGUAACACUGGUGAGUCUGGUGCCCCAGGAUCCAAGGGAGAUCCCGGUGCUAAGGGAGAGACUGGUGCUCCAGGAGCUCAAGGACCCCCAGGACCUCAUGGUGAGGAGGGCAAGAGGGGAGCCAGAGGAGAGCCUGGACCUGCAGGAGGCCGUGGAGUUCCUGGAGAAAGAGGUGCCCCUGGUGGUCGUGGUUUCCCUGGUGCUGAUGGCCCUGCUGGACCCAAGGGUGCUACUGGUGAGCGCGGUGCACCCGGUGUUGUUGGACCUAAAGGUGCCACUGGAGAGCCUGGCCGCACUGGAGAGGCUGGUUUGCCCGGAGCUAAGGGUAUGACUGGCAGCCCUGGCAGCCCUGGACCUGAUGGCAAGCUUGGAGCUGCUGGACCCUCUGGACAAGAUGGCCGCCCCGGACCUCCUGGCUCAGUUGGUGCUCGAGGCCAGCCUGGAGUCAUGGGAUUCCCUGGACCCAAGGGAGCCGCUGGUGAGCCUGGAAAACCCGGUGAGAGAGGUGCGAUGGGACCCUCCGGUGCUGUUGGUGCUCCUGGUAAGGACGGUGAAGUUGGUGCUCAAGGCCCCCCUGGACCUGCUGGUCCUGCUGGUGAGAGAGGUGAGCAGGGACCUGCUGGAGGCGCUGGAUUCCAGGGACUGCCAGGACCCCAGGGUGCCAUUGGCGAGAGCGGCAAGCCUGGAGAGCAGGGUGCCCCCGGUGAGGCUGGAGCCCCUGGACCCGCUGGUUCUAGAGGUGACAGAGGAUUCCCUGGUGAGCGUGGUGCUCCAGGCCCUAUUGGACCCACUGGUUCUCGUGGAUCACCCGGUUCUCUUGGAAACGAUGGUGCUAAGGGAGAUGCUGGUGCCGCUGGUAAUCCUGGUGCUCAGGGUCCUCCUGGACUGCAGGGAAUGCCUGGUGAGCGCGGUGCUGCUGGACUUGCAGGAGCGAGGGGAGACAGAGGUGACCAAGGUGCUAAGGGUGCUGAUGGAACUCCCGGUAAGGAUGGACCCCGUGGUUUAACUGGACCAAUUGGACUUCCUGGACCUGCUGGACCAAGCGGAGACAAGGGAGAGACUGGCCCUGCUGGACCUGUUGGACCUACUGGAGGUCGUGGAAGCCCUGGAGAGCGCGGUGAGGCUGGACCACCUGGAGCUGCUGGAUUCGCCGGACCUCCUGGUGCUGAUGGACAGCCUGGUGCAAAGGGAGAGUCUGGUGAAAAUGGUGCUAAGGGAGAUGCCGGACCACCUGGACCUGCUGGACCAACUGGUGCCCCCGGACCUCAGGGUCCCGUCGGAAACACUGGUGCUAAGGGAGCCCGUGGCGCUGCUGGACCACCUGGUGCUACUGGCUUCCCUGGUGCCGCUGGCAGAGUCGGACCUCCCGGCCCCUCUGGUAACCCUGGACCUCCUGGACCUGCUGGAUCAGCCGGCAAGGAAGGACCCAAAGGAAACCGUGGUGAGACAGGACCUGCCGGUCGCUCUGGUGAGCCAGGUGCUGCCGGACCCCCUGGACCUUCAGGAGAGAAGGGUAGCCCUGGAAAUGUUGGAGCCCCUGGUAGCGCUGGUCUGCCUGGACCUCAGGGUAUUAGUGGACAGCGUGGUAUUCUUGGUCUGCCUGGACAGAGAGGAGAAAGAGGUUUCCCUGGCCUUCCUGGACCUGCUGGAGAAACUGGAAAGCAGGGACCUGGUGGCCCCAAUGGAGAACGCGGACCCCCUGGACCCAUGGGACCUCCUGGACUCGCUGGUGCCCCAGGAGAGCCUGGACGUGAGGGAGCCCCUGGUAAUGAGGGAUCAGCUGGUCGUGACGGAGCUGCUGGAGCCAAGGGAGACCGUGGUGAGUCUGGCCCUGCUGGAUCUCCUGGUGCCCCCGGACCCCCUGGUGCCCCCGGACCUGUUGGACCCGCUGGAAAGAACGGUGACCGCGGAGAGAGUGGACCUGCUGGCCCUGCUGGUCCUGCUGGCCCUGCUGGACCUCGUGGAACUGCUGGUGCUGCUGGAGCCCGUGGAGACAAGGGAGAGACUGGAGAGGCAGGAGAGAGAGGCAUGAAGGGACACAGAGGAUUCACCGGAAUGCAGGGACCUCCUGGACCUCCCGGAUCUUCUGGAGACCAAGGACCUGCUGGUGCUGCUGGACCUGCUGGAGCUAGGGGCCCUGCCGGAUCUGCUGGUUCUCCUGGUAAGGAUGGUAUGAGCGGCCUGCCUGGACCCACUGGACCUCCUGGACCUCGUGGUCGCUCUGGAGAGAUGGGACCUGCUGGACCUCCUGGACCUCCUGGACCUCCUGGUGCCCCAGGUGCCCAUGGUGGUGGAUUUGAGCUUGGCUUCAUCAGCCAGCCACAGGAGAAGGCCCCUGAUCCCUACCGCAUGUUCCGCGCUGACGAUGCUAAUGUUCUCCGUGACCGUGACCUGGAGGUAGACAGCACCCUGAAGAGCUUGAGCCAGCAGAUUGAGCAGAUCCUUAGUCCUGAUGGAACUCGCAAGAACCCUGCCAGAACCUGCCGUGACCUCAAAAUGUGUCACCCUGACUGGAAGAGCGGCGAGUACUGGAUUGACCCUGACCAGGGAUGCACUCAGGAUGCCAUUAAGGUCUACUGCAACAUGGACACCGGAGAGACCUGUGUAACCCCAACCCAGAGUAUUGUCGAGAAGAAGAACUGGUAUAUCAGCAAGAACAUCAACGAGAAGAAGCACGUCUGGUUCGGAGAGACCAUGCCCGAAGGCUUCCAGUUCGAGUAUGGCAGCGAUGGCUCUCAACCAGAGGAUGUCAACAUUCAGCUCACCUUCCUGCGUCUCAUGUCCACUGAGGCAUCACAGAACAUCACCUACCACUGCAAGAACAGCGUCGCCUACAUGGAUGCCGCUGCCGGCAACCUCAAGAAGGCCCUGCUCCUCCAGGGCUCUAAUGAGAUCGAGAUCAGAGCUGAGGGCAACAGCCGCUUCACUUACAGCGUCCUGGAGGAUGGAUGCACGUCACACACCGGUACAUGGGGCAAGACAGUUAUUGACUACAAGACAUUGAAAACAUCUCGCCUGCCCAUCAUUGACAUCGCUCCUAUGGACGUUGGUGCUCCAGACCAAGAGUUUGGCCUUGAAGUUGGACCCGUCUGUUUCUUGUAAAAAUAAGAAAUCUGGACUUGAAAUUGUUGUUGUGUGAGUGUGCGUGUUUUAUUUUUUCUAGCAGUCAUCUCUUUCUAAAGAAAGCCCCACCAAAACGUUUUUCUAAUGCCAUUUUUCUGAAAAGUCCGACCCCUCACACCUGAUUCAAGGCUUCCGUCGUGUCGAUGGUCCACUUUGCCUAAAGCCCGCACUUCAACAAGAGAGUGGCGAUGUGGGAGCAACUACAUCGUCGGGAUCGGGACCACUACUUCUUUUUUUUUUCUGACUCUUGUUUUUUUUACCGUCAACAACACCUAGGACCCUGUAGAGAAGACAUUUUGUUUCACUGGCAACAAGAAAAUAAUAUAUGCUUCUGUAAUGUGUAAAAAAAAAUUACUUCUUCCUUUUCAUCCUGCCAAACCACACCUCUCUGGAGUUUACAAAGAUCAGCAGGUGACUUUUUCUACAUCACUGCAGUGAGAGGAAUGAAAGGACAGUCCCAACAGACAGAACCAAUUUCUUUGUACCACGUUUCAGGUGUUGAUGAAUAAACGGUGAAACUGACA